CCGUUUGUGUACUUUGGACAUUAAGUGCCAUUACUCACCAAUCUCGGACGACAGCAUCUAAGUAACUCAGUCCAAAUUCAGUACUUUGUAGAAGAAAAGAACCCCUAGAUCCAGACUUUGAAGCUUAAUGGAACAAGCUUAAAGCUAUACAAAUAAACCGUUCUCAUUACACAAACAUGACAUUUUUAACUUCAUGGGAGGAAUUUGCUAAAGCUGCUGAACGUCUGUAUUUAAAUGAUCCGCAAAAGUGUCGGCUGGUUACAAAGUACAGGCAUUGUGAUGGGAAAUUGAAUGUGAAAAUAACAGAUGAUCAUGUGUGUCUGCAGUACAGGACAGAGCAUGCACAAGAUGUAAAGAAGUUAGAAAAACUAACAAAUCAACUCAUGAGGCACAUGGCAUCGAAAGAAAAAUCGUAAACUUUAGUAUGUGUACAUGUUCUCGUAAGUUUAAAAUGCACUUAAUAUAAAGGAACAGACUUCAACACCAACACUUUUAAAAAGCAUCAACAUAGUAUUGAUAGGAGUGAUUUCAAAGCCCAAUAGUGAACUGCCACCGCGAUAAGUAUUGUGUCAAUUUUCACCCAUUGUAGUAGUUUAAACAUUGUUGAAAAUGAAACUACAUGUUCACAAGUUUUUUGUUUAAAAGAGGCGUAUUUAAUAUUGCAUUUUGUAAAUAUAUUUUUGAUCUAUGUGUACCUGUACUGUUAAGACUUUAUCAGAUUGUGUAUGGAUGUGAAAAUUACGAUUUAGUUUUACUAUGUUUCUAAUUUGGACAUACAUAUAAAUAUUGUUAUUUCCUGGGUUUGUGUUUAUAACCAGUAUGGGACAAAUGUACUUGUGAGGAGAGAAAGGUUUUGAAUGAUUAUUGGGCAGUAGUGUUUAUGGUUGGAGUGUAAAAGCAAAUGAUAAAAGUUGGAUGAUGAGAGAAAUAGAUGUCCAUCUGUGGACAGGACUAUUCAAUAUUGUAUUGUGACUUUCGUAAUAAAGUUUUAUGUCAA